ACUUUUGAUGUUUACUAUUGGACAUCAGAUCGGAAGUGCUAUUAGAAUAGAAUCAUAUUAAAGCAUUACGGAACAAUGAAUUAUAAUUCAUGACUGUCAGCGGAAAAACUGACUUUGUCUCUUUGUGGACUACUAGGUCUCGUGGCGUUGAGUUUGUGAUUUUUUAAAUGCAAACCAUGGUGAGUGGUAAACAGACAUGACCUUAUAGAAAUGAUGGCAACGAGGUAAUUUAACGUGUGCCUCUUGUCAAGAUGUUAGGUCUUUUGAGAUGCACAUUGAAAACCAUUUACAAGCAACAUCUACAUUCUCAUAUUUAUUGAAGAUUUGUACUAGAGGUGGAAAACUCCGAAUACGUAGACUACUAUGGCAACCAGGUGUCUCCAGUUGGAUAGAUGUUGCUCAAAAUAAGUUAUGCAGCAAUACUACAAAAGAGCAGCAGUAUUCCUUAAUUCAGAAGCGGUCGUAUUGAAGCACUUGAGCGUCUGUGACUAUUUUCCUGAUUAUUCUGUUCAACUAGUGAGAUAUUCUAUGGAAGCUUUUCAAAUGUUACACAGUGUGUAAACUUUAUUUGCAUGAUUUGAUUUUGAUAUUUAUGUGUUAUCAAAAUAUACUGUUACGAUUGUAGUGUUAGCAUUGCUUAAUUUUAUUAGAUUUAUCAUAUUUAUGAGUAAUAAUUUGUCAAGAUUACAGAAGAUUUAUAGACACUAUCCUUGAUCAAAGACUAUUUAGAAUUUUAAAUCUACUUAUAUGGUAUCUUCAGUAUGAUAUUAAUUUUAACUUUUUAAUUAUUUAAACAUUUUUAACAUGAAAUAAGUAUGAAGAAUGGGAAGAUUUGUUGUUUUUCGUAAUAACAUCUAAUGGUUACCUCUGUAUAUACCUAAAAUUUUGCAACAUGGAUUUGUCUAGGAAAACAAUUGAAGAUAAUCCUAAUAGGGUUAAUGCAGGCCAGGAGUAUCCUGUGAAUAUAUAUAAGAAGCGGAAAACUUUUCUCUCACAUAUAAAUACAUAUGAGGAACUUCCAUUAAAACAGCAAGAAAGUGUAAGUAUAGUUUCUAAACCAGAGUUUGAAAAAGGAUGUUCAUCUAAUGCAGAUUGUUUCAGUCAGAGCCAUGUUCCUAUUACAGAAGAUAGCAGAAAUGAUAACAGAAGAAGUUCUAAGAAUACUAUAAAUAGAUCUGGUAUUUGGGCAGCAGCUCUGCCCAGUGAUACAGAAUCAACCCCUUCAGAAAAAGGUGAAAAUGAUGAAGUGUUAGAUCCACUUGAUGUUGCUAAAGAAAAGGAAAAUCAUCAGUGUGUGUUGGUAAAUAAAACUGAAAAUAAGGGUGAUGCUGGAAAUAUGGAAAUUAAAUCAAAAGGAAAUAAUUCUGUUGAAAGUGACGGAGAUCUUUCUUUUGAUGAAGUCACCAAAGAUUUUAUUGACUCUUCAUCUUCUUCCUCUGAAAAAGACAGUGAUGAUGGGAAUGAAUGGUUCACGUGUAAGGGUUGUGAGAAAGUUUUCUUUGCCAGAAAGGCUUACACAAACCAUAGACGUAGUUGUAAUUUAAAUCAGGAACAAAAUUGCCCUUUUUGUAAAGAAGUUUUCACAAAGAUGAAUGAAUUGGCAGAUCAUGUGAAAGCAGUUCACAAGAAUGAUAAACCAUUUUUGUGUGAUAUCUGUGGAAAAACCUUUCCAAAUCCAAUAGCUUUGAACAGGCAUAUGCUAUCACACACGAAAGUGAAGUCACACUCUUGUAAAGAGUGUGGUAAGAGUUUUGCUUGUCAGUCGAAUUUAAGGUCACAUGUUUUAAUACAUAGUGAUGAGAAGCCAUUUCAAUGUGAAGAAUGUGGUAAUAAAUUCCGUCGUAGCAGUACAUUACGUUUUCAUAAGAGAACUCACACAAAUGAGCGCCCUUACCAAUGUGAUGUUUGUGGAAAAACUUUCACCCAACCCAGUAGCCUAAAAACACAUCAAAAGUUACAUUCAGGUGAGAGACCGCAUGCCUGUAAUGUCUGCAAUGAAAAGUUUGCUUUGAAGGCUGCCUUACAGUCACAUAUGCGGACUCACACCAAAGAAAAACCUUUUAGUUGUGAGCUCUGUCAUAAAAGCUUUACUCAGUCCAGUGCAUUAAAAAUUCAUUUAAAGAAACAUGAAAAUGUCAAGACUUCCAAUACUUCCAAUGCUGCUGAUGAUAACAAUAAAGAAUUGGUACAAGAGGAUGAAACACCCACUGAUGGGAAAACUAAAAAUCACCAUUGCGAACUUUGUGGACGCUGUUUUGCUCUAAAGAACACCUUGAAAAUACAUAUGAUGAGGCAUAGGGGAGAAAGACCACACAAAUGUGAUGUCUGCCCCAAGAGUUUCACUCAAUCAAGUACCUUAAAAAUUCACAAGCGAAUACACACAGGCGAUAAACCAUAUGCUUGUAGUGUUUGUGAUGCUCAUUUUGCAUAUAAUUAUGCUCUUCAGAAGCACAUUUUAAAACACAAAGAAGCAGGUGAAAUAGGAGAAGAAGAAUUUUUAGAACAGGGAGACUGCGAGCACGAUGCCAAAUUAAAUGUGUAUGGAGAAGAGGUUGUUGGACCUGAUCCAGCAGCACUUGAAGAAAUGAAACAGAAAAUUCUUCAGACACUAUCAAGGACAGAUGAUAAAAAUAUAGUUAAACAAAAUGAUGACAGUGAAGUUAAACAUGAAGAAUCAAUUAAAAAUGUUAACAGUGAAGAAAGUGAUCAUGGGGAAACAAAUGUGAUCUCUGAUAGUGGUGAAGAUCAAGAAAAAACUGGUAAAAGAGUAACGCCCAUGGACUUCUUGGCUGUAUUUCAAUCUUCUUUUAAGGCUUCUCCUAACUUUGAUUAA